UUUGUUUAUGUCUAAGGGGACAAAGGUCAUCUAUAGCUCAGGGGAAGCAAUGCCGGUAGCCGGGACGCCGCCGACGACCAAGUGCGCAGGCGCAGAAAGUGGAAACAAUGCAGCAUGGACGAGGGGGCUGAGGACUAAAAUGUGAUUAUGGAUUAAUUUAUUGAUCGUUCUUGAUCAUCAGACGAGCGAUAAACAAACGAAAUGGACGUCGUGAAGGAACGUCUGGCUCAAUUCUCCCUAGAGGCUCACGAUUUGUAUCUGAGCCAAUCGGUGCCUUACGUGGACGGCCCACCCGACCCGCUGCAAUUCUACCGCGACUGGAUUGGUCCCAACAGGCCGUGCAUCGUACGAAACGCCUUCAACCAUUGGCCGGCUCUGUCCGGGUGGACGCCGACGUACCUCAGGGAGAAGGUGGGCUCCAAGGUCAUCAGCGUGGCGGUGACCCCCGACGGUUAUGCCGACGCCGUCAAAGACGACCGAUUUGUGACGCCCGAAGAACGACGCAUGAGCUUUUCCUCCGUGCUCGACAUCAUCCAAGGAAAGGUGAAGAAGCGCGGCGGCGGCGGCGUGUUCUACGUUCAGAAGCAGUGCUCCAACCUGCCGGACGAACUCCCCGAGCUGACGGCCGACGUGGACGCGCACGUCGACUGGAUGAGCACGGCGCUGGGAAAGUUACCCGACGCCGUCAACUUCUGGCUCGGUGAAGCCGACGCGGUCACUUCCUUACACAAAGAUCCUUACGAGAACCUUUACUGCGUCAUCUCUGGACAGAAAGACUUCAUCCUGCUGCCGCCUACUGACAGACCGUUCAUCCCUUACGGACUGUACCAGCCUGCAGUUUACCGUCAGAAGGACGACGGUGACUUCGAGGUGGUGGACCAGCGUGACCGUGAGAAGGUGCCGUGGAUCCCCGUGGACCCCCUGGAUCCGGACCUGGAGCGCUACCCCGCGUACCGGCGAGCGCGUCCGCUGCGCUGCAGCGUGAGGGCGGGAGAGAUGCUCUACCUUCCGUCGUUGUGGUUCCACCACGUGCGACAGUCGCACGGCUGCAUCGCAGUGAACUUUUGGUACGACAUGGACUUCGACAUCAAGUACAACUACUUCACGCUUGUGGAUGACCUCACGGCCUUCACCGGGCAACACUGAGCUGAGCGCCAGGUUGCAGUGCACCGAUGAGCCACACGAGGGCACUGCAGGAAUUCACAGGAAACAUUUGCGUCAAGCGGCAUUUUCUAGAACAGCCGGUCCCCAAUCCGGCACUUUCAUCCUCCUGCGGUGGCGCUCUGCGCCUUUUGAGAAAAAAUAAUCAGCACGUGAUUGAAAUUGUUGUUAUUUUAGUUUGUUUGUUUUUCAAAUGUAAUUCUAAAUUUGAACAUCACUGUCAUCUUGCAACAAUAUUUUUUUUGUCACUCAAAAUAUGCGUCACAAGCAUCAAUGUGCGACACCUGGUGCCGAGAUUCAUCGAGCUAUUCGACCACUGGUAGGCAAACCAUCGGUGGAUAAAUCCCAAAAAGAAAUAUUCUGAAGUGUAAUGCGUAAUACUUUAUUAAAAACAAACAUUUCAAUUGGUUAUUUAUUUAUUUAUUUAGUGUGUGAGAAAAUAGUCCAACAGUUUAAGGACAAUGUUCCUCAACGUACAAUUGCAAGGAAUUGAGGGAUUUCAUCCUCUACGGUCCACAAUAUCAUCAAAAGGUUCAGAGAAUCUGGAGAAAUCACCGCAUGUAAGCGGCGAGGCCGAAAACCGACAUUGAAUGGCCGUGACCUUCGACCCCUCGGGCGGCGCUGCAUCAAAAACCGACAUCGAUGUGUAAAGGAUAUCAACGCGUGGGCUCAGGAACACUUCAGAAAACCAAUGUCAGUAAAUACACUUCGGCGCUACAUCCGGAAGUGCAACUUGAAACUUUACGAGGCAAAGCAAAAGCCGUUUAUCAACAACACCCAAAAACGUCGCCGGCUUAUCUGGGCCCGAGCUCAUCUAAGAUGGACCGACGCAAAGCGAAAAAGUGUUCUGCGGUCCGACGAGUCCGCAUUUCAAAUUGUUUUUGGAAAUUGUGGACGUCGUGUCCUCCGGGCCAAAGGAAAAGAACCAUCCGGACUGUUAUGGACGCAAAGUUCAAAAGUCAGCAUCUGUGAUGGUAUGAGGCUGUGUUAGUGCCAAUGGCAUGGAUAAUUUACACAUCUGUGAAGGCACCAUUCAUGCUGAAAGGUACAUACAGGUUUUGGACAAAUAUAUGCUGCCAUCCAAGCGACGUCUCUUUCACGGACGCCCCUGCUUAUUUCAGCAAGGACUCCGGACUGUUGAACAGCUGAAGCUGUACAUUGAGCAAGAAUGGGAAAGAAUUCCACCUACAAAGCUUCAACAAUUAAUGUCCUCGGUUCCCAAACGUUGAUUGACUGUUGUUCAAAGAAAAGGUGAUGUAACACAGCGGUAAACAUGAGCCUGUCCCAGCUUUUUUGGAACAUGUUGCAGCCAUAAAAUUAUAAGUUCAUGAUUAGUUGCUAAAAACAAUCAUCAGUUUGAACAUUAAAUAUCUUUUCUUUGCAGUGUAUUCAAUUAAAUACAGGUUGAACAUGA